AAAAAUGGCGGCUCCUUUAACACUCCUGCUGAUAGUGGCUGUUACAAUAAGAGCCGUUUUAUUCCGGUCUAGUUUGGCAGAAUUAAUUUCAGAGAGGGUCGAGGUGGUGUCGCCUUUGAAUGCGUGGAAACGAGUUGUAGAGGGUCUUGCCUUGUUGGAUCUGGGGGUCUCGCCUUAUUCAGGAGAUGUGUUUCAUGAAACACCACUUAUGAUAUACCUCUUUCAUUUUAUGGUCGAUUAUGCAGAGAUUGUUUUUAUGAUAGCAGAUGGAAUCACAGCGGUGGCUCUUUAUCUCUCAAUUCAGAUUUAUAACAAGAAUGUCUUUAGAAAGCAGAAAUAUGCCUUGGAAUCUGACCGGUAUCCCGCCGACUGUUUGGAGCUCCUCCGCUCUCCGAAGGAAAUGUUCUACAUCCCCCUCAAGGUUGCCAUGUUUUAUCUGUUAAACCCCUUCACCAUCCUGUCUUGUGUGGCAAAGUCAACUUGUGGGCUGAACAAUGCCAUUAUUGCUCUCUUCAUUUUCUGCACAUUGAAAGGUAGUGCCUUGUUGAGUGGGAUAUUGUUGGCCUUGGCCACAUAUCAGUCCAUCUAUCCUCUGACCCUGUUUGCUCCUGCACUCCUAUUCUUCCUGCAGAGGUUAUAUAUCCCAGUGAACCUGAGGAGGAGUAGUUUCUGGUUCUUCACUCUUCAGUAUGCGUUCAUAUAUGUGGGCAGUCUGGUGGUGAUCACUGGACUCUCUUUCUUCCUCCUGGGCUCCUGGGACUUCAUCCCUUCUGUCUAUGGAUUCAUAUUUUCUGUUCCAGACCUGACUCCAAACAUCGGACUCUUCUGGUACUUCUUUGCAGAGAUGUUUGAGCAUUUCCGUCUCUUCUUCAUCUGUGUCUUCCAGAUAAAUGUCUUUUUUUACACCAUCCCCCUCUCCAUCAAACUCAAGGAGCAUCCAGUGUUCCUGAUCUUCAUGCAGAUUGCCAUCAUCUCCAUCUUUAAGUCAUACCCUACUGUGGGAGAUGUCGCCCUCUACAUGGCAUUUUUGCCAGCCUGGAGUCACCUUUACCGAUUUUUGAGGAACAUCUUUCUGGUGUCGUGCGUGCUGUUGGCAUGCUCCGCACUCUUCCCUGUGCUCUGGCAUCUGUGGAUAUACGCUGGCAGUGCCAACUCUAAUUUCUACUAUGCCAUUACAUUGCUCUUCAACUUUGGACAGAUCCUCCUGGUAUCGGAUUAUUUCUACGCCUACCUGCGUCGAGAACAUCACCUGACACACGGCCUCUAUCUAAAGAAGAAAGAUGGCACUGAAGCCACUCUAGUGUUAAAGUGACCUUCUUUCACAGGACUUGGGAGAUCUCACCGACUGCCUCACACCUCCAUAUCUCUGCUCUUUUUUUAUUUUUUUAUUGUCCAUUCACACUACAUUUUUUUUUUUGUUGUUAGUUUUUUUUCUCUCUCACCUCAAUACGCCUUCCCCUGCUUUUUUCCCCCUUUACUUUCCUUUGCACAUUUGAGCGUUUUACCUCAUGUUUGAAUGUUGACCCCCUCUUGGACCAAAGCUGUUUUGUACGAUACUUUUUGAUAAUGGGGGUUGACUGAAGAUAUCUGAGUGAUACAGAACUUUACUAUUUUGGCUCCCAUGAGGUGGGUACAAAGUUAUUUUCACUUUUGAUUUGCUUGUCUUUCAUUGUUUCAAAGGAUUUAUUUUCUUUAUUAAAACUCCAUUGAAAAAGUGAGGUUGUUUGGUUGGAUGUGCAGUUUGAAGUCGUGGUCAGCAGAGGGCAGAACAUGAAUGUGGAGUGAUCAUAUAAACGUUGACUUCAGAGGGCCAAAACUGAAGACACUUCGUGGACAUUUUAUCGGAGAGUCCGACAUGAAGAGGUGGAUAUGUUCAAAUGUUCUCUGAAUGCUUUUCUUGGUUAAUGGGUUUUUUUUUUAACCUCUUAAUAAUGCAAGUGGAGUAAGAGUUGCUUAAAUAUUAUAGAUUUGGUACAUUUUGUACAACAAUUUUUGGUUGUUUGUUUUAUGUUCUUAAUGAGGGAUUAAACUGCACUGUGAUUUUAUUUAUUUUUAAAUUGGCCCUGGUUUGAAUUGGGUUUAUUGUUCUGUUUUAUGAUUCCUUUGGGAUUAAGAAUUAACCGCCUAGAUUUACUUUGAUCCAUGCUUUUGAUCUAACACCAGGGCAUGUGAACCUAUCGAUUGCACACCUGUAUAACCCCUCCCUCCUUUGGGUAGGCCUUCCUUCUAGUUCUUAAAUGGUGGAAUUUUCCAUUGCCUCCUAUUGUUUCCAGACUUUUCUAAUAAUCCGCCCUUUGGUCAGGUAUGAAGACGCAAACAUCCGGGUGGCUUUGAUAAUGAGGUCAGCUGUUUUAAAGUCUAGUGUGUGGAAGUCAUAAAGAUGUAGAUGCUGAAGUUUAUGAACAUGCUUGCCAUUUUAUUUCCACAUGCACUGACAUACCUUAUCAUACUUGUUGUUGACCUUAAAUUACAUUUACAACACAAAUGGAUGUUUAACUAACAAUUAAAGUAUUUUAUAUCAUGCUGUAUUUUAACCAAGAAACUGUUAGCAGGAAGAUAAAUAUAUAUACACUAUAUAUAUAUAUAUAUAUAUAUAUAUAUAUAUAUAUAUAUAUAUAUACACUAUAUAUGUAUAUGUAUAUAUAUAUAUAUAUAUUCAUUCUUGAUCCCUUUUUUUUUUUUGUCCUGUUACUGAGUAAAAACGAGCAAAAUUAAGGUAAUACUUGUUUUCACAGAAUACAUUUUCAGUUUGCUUCUCUUCCCACAUUGGCAAAAACUUUUAAUUUAUGCUUAAAACAAAAACAA